UCGAAUCUGCGAACGCGCGUCGCAAGUAAACGCGGCGUUGUUCCUGUGAGUUGUUUUGGUGAACCAAAGCUGCUAAAUCAUGGCCAUCUCUAUAGCCAUCUUAGACUGUGAUCUCCUCCUACAUGGUCGAGGCCACAAGACUCUUGACCGCUUUGAUCUGGACUCGGUGUCCGACAACUUCCUCCUCACACAGUUUGGCUUCCCCAGAGAGUUUAUCUUGUACCUGGUGGAAUUACUCAGAGAGGGUCUGUGCAGGCGAACCCAGCGGUCCAGAGCGAUCAGCCCUGAGGUCCAGGUGCUGGCUGCUUUGGGGUUCUACACGUCCGGCUCGUUCCAGACGUCUAUGGGGGACACCAUAGGGAUCAGCCAGGCGUCAAUGUCGAGAUGUGUGUCCAAUGUGACCAGAGCCCUGGUGGAGAAAGCUCCCCAGUUCAUCACCUUCAACAGAGAUCACGCCAUCAGAGAGCAGUCCUUCCAGGAGUUUCAGAGGGUGGCGGGAUUCCCAGGGGUUCUGGGGGUGCUUGACUGUGUUCAGGUUGCCAUCAAAGCUCCAAACAGCGAAGACUCGUCGUAUGUGAACAAGAAGGGCUUUCACUCCGUGGCCUGUCAGCUGGUCUGCGAUGCCCGGGGACUGCUGCUCAGCGCAGAGACGCAUUGGCCAGGUGGCCUCCAAGACGCCGUCGUCCUGGAGAAAUCCGCUCUCUACGAAGAGCUGCAGAACGUCGAGGGGGGCUGGCUGCUGGGUGACGGUCGCUACCCUUUGAGGAAGUGGCUGAUGACCCCGGUGGACUGUCCGGAAUCCUCUGCAGAGUUUCAAUAUAAUCUAGCGCACGCGGCUACACGUGAGAUAGUGGACCGGACGUUCCGAGCCAUUCAGACCAGAUUCAGAUGUUUAGACGGCACCAAAGGAUACCUGCAGUACUCUCCAGAGCGGAGUUCGUCCAUCCUGCUAGCCUGCUGCGUUCUCCACAACGCCUCCCUUCAGUCUGGACUCGACGCCUGGACUCUGGAGAGGACGGAGCCCCUCGAGCAGCCCAAGACCCUCAAACAGAGACCAGAGGACCGGGACAGCCAGGCCGAGGAGCUCCGCAAACAGCUCAUACUCAAACACUUCAGCUGAAGCCCACAUUGACGUCGGAGGGACUAAAUAGAGACUGGGACCGAUGCAAUUUUUCAUUUAGGUGUCCAACAGGGGGUCCGCGGAGGUCUCACAAAAUCUUUGGUUGAUUAAACAUUUUUAUAUAUAUUUUUUUUUAAUUUUCCCCCACAAAUUUAAACUUAUUUAAAUACACAUUAACAUGAAUCCAAUAUAUUUUACAUGAGGGAUGUCUUAAUAUUGAAUGUAAAACAUAUAUAGUAGGUAGGGGGUUCCUACUUAAUCUCUCCAUCAGUUUUGGGUCCUUGGCCUGAAUUGAAGCAAGAAAGUCCACAGACACCGUGUUGCUGAUGCAGUUUUUUAAUAUUUUGCUGGUUUCUACUCUACGGACUAUACUAAGAUAACAUAGUUAUAUAUGGAGGAACAUGCAGGACGCUAUACAAACACACCGAGGCAACAAGACAUCCAAACACAUUUCAAAUAAUCCAACUCACUGUGAAGCGCCCGAUUGUUCAUUCAGGACAUUCAAAUGUUUUCUAAAUAUUCAGUUUGGAACAAUCGAGCACCUCAAGGCGUUUCACUACUAUUAUUCAAACUGUGUGCAGCUGCUGUGUCGUCAAGGCUUCUUUACAAGUGACACUUUUUUUUCUUUCAACCCCCCCUCAAUCCCUCCCCUCCUCUCCAUCCUCCCACUAUUGUUUUUUUAUACCCAUCUGGAUUCCACAGGUUAAAAUCUUGGACAAAGUCACAAUACAAAAAAAAAAAAAAAAACGAGGCCCUUAUUUACAACAACUGCACAUUAAGUUGUCAUCAUUUAUGUACAUCGGUGCAUUAAGAGUUGUGAGUGAGAAUGACAGGAUGUGCAACGGGCUGCAGUCACAUGAUGUUUUCGUGUAUUCUUGGAAAAUAAAAUUCUUUCUUGGAAAUAAAAUGGAUACAGAUGCGAGAAAGGAAAGCAAGAAAA